GAUUCAUGAUGAAAGACGGCUCGAUUCCCCCGUGGAGAGCGCUGCUGUCAUGGUUAGAGGCCCUGCGACCAUUAGAGAGGCAGAUGUCUGUGACUGAAAUCUUUUAUUUUUGUCUUUUUUGUCGUUUUUUUAAAGCAUGUACAGGAAAGUAUCUGAAAGUAAGAGUGUUUUUGAAGGCUAUGGAAAAAGAGAGAAAAUCCUCCAAGCAGCUCGCCUCUUUGGAAAAGCCGCAUGUGGACGGAGAGGCGGACAAGUCAAGAUCAGUCACAGCAGUUCACCUCUGGAUGUUGCUGAUGGUAUUGAGAAACAGCAGACCUUUUUUACAGCCAACACUUCACUUGUCACUGCAGCGACAUCGCAGCUGUUACUAAUGUUGUUAGAGAUGGCUCACUUCCUCUAAGCACAUCGUAGAGGAUGUUAUUUCGAUGGCUGACUCCUCAGUCACAAUCGAGGACAUUGAAGGAGAGCUGUGCAAAAUUGAGCGACUGAGAGACAUCCUCGUGCGGAGAGAAUCAGAGCUGAGAUAUAUGAUGGAUGACAUCCAGCUCUGCAAAGAAAUCACAAGACUGAAGACGGAGCUGCAGAAACUUGUCUCAAUUCCAGACAAGGACAAGUCCAAAGAGGACAGGGACAGAGAAGAGGAGCUGCUGCAGCAGAUCAACAAGCUGGUGGAAACCAGAGACUUCCUCGUGGAUGACGUGGAGUUUGAAAGGUUGAGGGAGAGAGAGGAGGACAGAGACAUGGCAGCCUUCUUACAGUCCAAAUUUCCCAAGACACUGGCUGCAAAAGGUGCCUUGCGAGAUCAAAAGGUGGCGUGCAAAUCCCAGCAAACGUCGGCACCGUUUAUCACUAAAACUGGACUUACUCUACUGAAAGACUGCUGUGGCUUCACAUGCUCCAUCAUGUAACGGUGUGAAAACAGAGGACUCCACCUGCCUGUGUGUGUGUAACAUGAUCGGGAAGCUGAGUGGCCUAUAGAUAUACUAAUGGUUUCUGUCCAAUUAGUGUAAUUAGAUAUCAUUACCAUACCGCCUGCUGUCAUGCUGUAGCAGAACAGUAUUACAGUGACAUUACUAGGACUGCAGACAGACUCUAUUGAUUGAUCAGUUUUUUCUUUAAAUAAUCAUUUGGUCUCUAAAAUGGUCCAGUUAAUGGUAGCUUACAGUGGAGGAGAGUUACAGGAUACUGCGGUAAUGUAUGAUGAAUAAUUUGUUCUUUUGGUUGGUCGUUAGAUAUAAAUAUUCUACAUUUGAUUGCUUAGCAGUGCAUAACUUAAACCAAAGUAUUUGUCUGAACCACAAGUAGUUAGUCAUCAGCUAAAAAGCCUAACAGCCAGUGUUUUAUCAAAGAAAAGAUUUAAAGUGUGUGGGGUCAAAAAAAUAAAUGUAUCUAUAAUCUACUAUCAUUUUGUUUAACUAUGACUGUAGCAUUUUACUUCUUUCAGUGCUGCUAUAAUAAAGACUUUUAAUGCUCUUCUUUUUCAGGGUGC